GUUGUUUGUAUUUUGAUGUACUGGAUUUAAUUGAAUCAGAUAUGAAUCUUCCAUCGUCGGACAAUACAUCAACAUUACCCUCAGAAUCCACGAGACAUCCACCAGAUGAAACUACUGUAGGUGAUAAUAAUGAACGUCAAGUCGUAGACAAUUCCAAUAAUGAUGCGACAUCUAUCCCGGGCGCUAGCAUUAUAACUGUUGGUCCCGAUGUUAAUAAUAAAAAAGAGGAUGAAAAAUUCUACGGUUCGAAACAUGCUCUUAAUAAAGUUGGUUCUAAUCUUAAAAGCUUUGUUGGAUUUAUAGGGCCUGGCUACACUGAAGUUAUUGGCAGUGCAAUUGCUAUGAAUCUUCUUUUCAAUCUUCCAUUACCAGCCGGGUAUUUACCAAGUUCUGAAAUAUUCACCAAUUCCGAACAAUUAUACAUUGCAAUUGGUAUAAUCGGUGCAACCGUAAUGCCUCAUAAUUUAUAUUUGCACUCUCAUCUGGUCAAAGUAAGAAAAAAUCGUGAAGAAUCCAGAGGAUUCGAUGAAAAAAUUGACGAAACUCCUAAAAAAAUUAAAGUCAAGUCAAUAGUUGAUAGAACUUUGAGAUUGUCUACCAUUGAUUCGUCAGUAGCAUUAGCAAUAUUAAUUGUUUCUGCUGCAAACUUUUUUUAUGGUGAUCCUAAUCGUUCACAAACAAAACCUGCUGAUCUUUUUGAUGCGUACGAUCUUUUGACUUCAUAUUUAGGUAAAGCUGCUGCAACCCUAUUUGCCAUCGGAUUGCUAAUAGCAGGUCAAAGUGCAACACUUACCGCCACAAUGGCUGGUCAGGUAGUGAUGGAAGGAUUUGUAGAAUGGAAAUUAAGACCUUGGGUGAGAAGGUUGAUUACCAGAGGUUUUGCUGUUGUACCUGCUAUGCUUAUUGCGAUUAUUCUAGGUAGAAGUGGUUUAAAUGACCUUUUGGUGGCAAGUCAAGUUGCAUUGAGUAUACAAUUACCAUUCGCCGUAAUUCCUAUGGUUUAUUUUACUAGUUCUAAAAGAUUUAUGCAGGUUAACAUUAGAGUUUUGGAAGAAAGGGUUAUGGCCGAUAAAUUAAACCACCAAGUUGGAAGUUUAUCACAUGACCUCAAUAGUAUAGUUUCUGCGAUUCCACUUACUCCUAAUUCACCAUAUACUCCGACUCAGAUUGUUAGUGUUGCUAAUGAAAAUAAUGUGUCUCAGUCUCCUGAUGACGAUAUCUUAGACUUUUCAAAUCCCAUUUUACUUAUUAUCAUUUCAGUUAUAAUUAGUAUUGUUAUUCUUGGGUUAGAUUUGUUUUUAGUUUAUACCACCAUUAAGGAUGCUAUUGUUGGAUAG